CCACUUGGCCCAUUGCGCCUGUGCUGUCUCUUUGAGAGUGUUAUCUAAUUAGUUCACCCCCCUUGCGCUUUCCCUAAUAGCCCUGCAAAGUUUGUUUUCUUACUAUUUUCAACUAUUUAUCCAAGUACUUACAGGAACUUAACCCUCAAGUGCCAGCAGUGGCUCAGCUCUAAGUCAGAAAGCAGGUUAAAGUCCAACCCUUAGUGAUUCAAGCACAAAAAUCUAGACUGACACACCAAUGCAACUAUUCACUCCCCCACGCUGCCUUCUCAACAACUCCUCCCCUGCUGCUUAACAACACUUGCCUGCCCGCCACUCAACAACCCCUCCCCCCCCACAAAUUUUCCACUUUGGGUUUGCACUAACUGUGUAGCAUCAAAAUGGGGUCACAGUAGGAAAGAGUUUUGGAAGCACUGGCUAUGUUUCUUUCUUUGUCAAGUGCCCUGGGUUCCCCUGAGAGAAUGGAAUCAAACUGGGCAGAGAGGACCAUCACUGUAUCAGGUUUUCCUGAGGACAUUCUUCCUAACACUGUGAUGACUGACAAACUCAUCAUUCACUUCUUAAGGCCAAGGAAUAGCGGUGGUGAGGUGGAAAGUGUCACAUAUCCAGCAGAUGCCCCUGGCAUUGCCUAUGUCACCUUCGAAAAAGAGGAAGUAGCGAACAUUGUGCUGAGAAAGAAGGAGCAAGUGCUUGAAGACAAACAGCUCCCAAUGAAAUAUCCAUUGAAAGUUUCACAGAAUAAUGUGCAAAUCUUUACACAGGUGUCAGUUGACCUGGAUUUAUCGAUAUUCGGUAGCACAUCGAAGUUGGUAACAGAACUUGAAAGCAACAAUAAAAGCUUACAGUUUUCCAGGUGUCCCGAUGGAAGGAUCCACGUUGAGGGUUCCUUCUCAGCAAUGAAAGAACUGAGGAAAGAUCUUCAGAAGAGAAUAGAUGAAUUUCAAGUAUUCCCAAGUCCAGUGUUGAAAUCUGGAGUAAGUGCUUCAGGAGGGAAGUUCGUAAGCCAUACAUCUGAGGAUGCAGCUCAGGGGACUGAGCCUCAAAAACUUGCAGCCUCAGCGAGUUACGGAGCCAGGGAUGUCUUGCAUCCUGGUCUAUUUGAGGAAGAAUCAACAGUUAUUCUAGAUGCAGAUAUUUUUGACUACAUUGAAGAGCUUUGUAAAGACCAUUAUGAAGAAGUACUCAGGAAAAAUUGUGUAAGAGCUGAGGUGAAACGUUGUGAUGUGAUAACACUUCUCCAGCUGAAAAAAGCUCAUGAUCAAUGUGAACCAUCUCAGCUGAAGACAGCCAAGUUAAGUAUAGAAAAGUUAAUCAAUCAAAUGCAGCAAUUAUUGGUCAGUGAAAAAAUUAGAUUGGACAGAGGCAGUGGGCAGAACAAAAUUUUGGAGAUAUGCAGGGAAACUAUGCAACAUAACCCAUCAGUUUUGGUUCGCAUUACUGAUGAGUACUUGAUCCUUAUUGGCAGUUCUCAACAUUGCAGCCAGUUCAAGAAGGAAGUGGAAGAGAGGAUUAAGGCUGUGCAGUCAAUAUUGAAUCCAAUGUCCAGUGGGCAUUCAAGUAUUCCGAAUGCAACUGAUCACUUCUGUCAUUUUGGCCAAAGUUUAGGUUCAAAUGCUGUGCAUGGACUGUGUGUGUCUAGUGGAAGUGAGUGCAGCCUUAAUCAAAACAGCCACUUUGGUCAACUUAUGAAGAGUCAGGAGUAUAGCGGGGGUGAUUCACAUGGGAAGUGGAGAAGCUCACGAGAUGUAGGUGUGUUAGCCAGUGGGCCACCAUCUUUGCCAGUAUUGGGGAUGAGCUCGAGUACCAUACAGGACAGACAGUCAAAAGAUAUUUCAAGGUCUGAAAAAUCUUCAAGUAGUGUGCCCUAUCAUUCUUUUGAUUGAAUAAAUCACUGUAGUUUAUUUGUUCUUUGUGCAUGGCACAGUUUUUAUACAGUAUGUGCAAGGAAAAAUAUCUGACAAUUCAUUUACAACUAUCACUGUAUGGGUUAUGUGCGCCCUGGCAUCAACUCCAGUGCAUGGGUUCUAUAAAGUGCCCACAUUAUGGCCGUAAACAGAACAGGGGAGCCAACAUAAAGUGUAACAAAAACUGUGUUCAUUAUAGAGGGCUGAUAAUCAGAUCUCGCAGUGCUUGUAUAAAUGAACCAUUAUCAGGUGCGGGGUUUCUAUGCAGGUACCAUCUCCGAUAUUGCCCAGUGCAUACUGUGUGUAAAACUCGGGCUACUGUAGAGCUAGGAAAGGCUGCUUUCUGGGCCACUUGUGUGUUGAGUGUAAAUUCUUGGGUUGGCAUUACCACUCUUUGAAUCAUGGUGAGUUGGGGGCCAAUCAGUCUGUAAUCAUUUUAUAUUGAAAUUCUAAGAGUGUUAAGUUUUUUUUGCAAUUUGCGCUUGUAAAAUAAUUUGUACAUCCUGCAAACAAUUUAUGUCUUGCUGGCCAUCUUGACAUUUUUAAAAAAUGUUUGUUGCCUUAGCUUUUUUUUGGGCCUCUAAUGAUAAUGUUAAAACCCAUAUGCAGCAGCUAAGCAGUUCUUCUGAUUAAGAAUUUGUCUUUGAGUUCGAAGCUAUUACAUUGAAACUAGUGCCAAUGAGAAUACUUUAUUAGGCUGCAAAGUUUCUUGUAUGGAAUAUAAUGCUGCUUCUGUACUGUGCUAAGUAAUGUAUUUUCAGAAAGGAAGAGAUGUCUAUGACUAUUUUAAUUUAUUUCUGUUUCUGUACAUGCAUUAAAUUAUAGUUGACAUUCCUGUGUUAAAAUACUCUGUAUAUGGUAUAAUUAAAAAAAAUGAAAUUCAAAAAGGAAUAUGCAGCAAGUUACAUUUAUAGAGGGCCUUUAAAAGAGUGUUUUCAAAUAAAAUUUAAUACUAAGCCACAUAAGAAAUUGGGACAGAUGCCUAAAAGCUUGGCCAGAAAGAUGGGUAUUAAGGAGCAUCUGAAAGUAGGAAAGCGAGAUAGAGGGAGAGAGAAAUUUAGGGAUGGAAUACUAGAUCUUUGAGUAUUGGCAGCUGAAGUGGUGAAGUGAUUGAAAUCACAGAUGCUCAAGAAGUCAGAAUUGGAAGAGUACAGAGACCUUGGAGGGUUGUGGGUCUGGGGGAGACUGUGGAGAUAUGGAGAGGUCUAGUGAUAAAGGGAUUUCAAAACAAGGAUGCAAAUUUCAAAGUAGAAGUGAUGUUGCCUAACCAGCAACCAAUGUCGGUCAGUGUGCACAAGGGUGAUGGGUGAAUGGGGUGAGUUAGGAUGUCAGUGGCAGAGUUUUGGGUGACCUCAAGUUUAUGGAGGGUGGAGUGUUUGAGGCUGGCCAAAAGUACAUUGGAAUAGUCAAGCCUAGGCAUGGAUGAGGUUUUCAGCAGCAGAUGAACUGAGGCAGGGGUGGAAGUAGGCAGUCUUGAGUGAUGAAACUGAUAGGUAGCUGCAACUCACUUGGGUUAAAUAUGACACCAGGGUUGCAAACAGUCUGGUUCAGGCUUAGGCAGUUCGCAGGGCAAGAGAUGGAGUCAGUGGCUAGGGCUAGGGAAUGAAGUUUGUAACAGGGACUGAAGACAAUGGGUUCGAUCUUCCCAGUAUUUAGUUGGAGGAAAUUUCUGUGCACCCAGUAUGGGAUAUCAGGAAAGCACCCUCUUAAUUUAGCGUGGUGGGGUUAUGAAAUUAUAAUGAGGUGGAAUUGGGACAUUGUCAGCAUUUGUGUGGAAAGAGAGCGUACAAAAACAGUUUCAACAAUGGCCUCUUUCCUGCAUUAUUUUUUAAUAUAUUUGCAGUUCUUAUAUUUAGUAUCAUUUUCUGCAGAUUGCAGUUAUUGGUUAGACUAAAACACAUUGUGCAUUCUGAUUAUGGCAUUGUGACUGAUUAUGGCAUUGUGAGUAUCAAGAAUAGGUACACAAGAUGAAAAAUAUUACAAAGAUUCUUUAUAAUGCUCACUUUUCUGUUGUGUGUUAUUUAAUUGUUUUUGUUUUGCCACAAACCCAGUGUAUUUGUCUUUCAUUACAAACUUGACAGUUCAAACAGGAAAUGUAUCUAAUAAUUGCAACAGUGCUGCUGUUACACAUCCAAGAAACCAUCAAUAAUAAAUACAGAUGAUUCAAACACU